CACACUAGGUUAAAUAGCUCCAAAAGUCCGAUCUCCAAAAUCUUCACUUUCUACUCUCAAAGGAAGAAAAAUAGAAGAUCGUAGCUUUUGGGUUCUUCGAAUUCUACACAAAUUUCCCCCUUUUACGUAUCACUUUCCAAUGGCUGCUGUUCCUUCUGACCUUGAAAGAGAACAGAUAUUCUCUAUGGCAGAGAAAGAGAUGGAGUAUAGAGUGGAGAUGUUUAACAAGCUUACACAUACAUGCUUCAAAAAGUGCGUCGACAACAAGUACAAGGACUCAGAGUUGAACAUGGGUGAAAAUAGUUGUAUUGACCGAUGCGUUUCGAAGUACUGGCAGGUGACUAACCUAGUGGGGACGCUUCUUGGGAACACUCGACCCAUGUAACAUUUUCCCUUUGUCCACUUCGUGGUGUUCGAAUAAUCUAUCAGGGAGACCAGCAAGGAAGAAAUUGAUACUCCUUUUCUUAUUGCUCAAAGAUGUUGCCUCUUUGAACAAUUUUACUAUAUUUAGAAGUAUAUUUAAAUUUUACUCCUUGACAGUAAAGAUGAUCUGAACCAAUGUGUAAUGGCUAUUGAUGAUUUUUUGUGAUACAAUAGGUAAAAUUUCAGCUUUUGGCCAGAAUGUCAGAUUUUGGUGUUGCAAUGAAUCAAUUUCACAGUUUUCCGCCAGAA